CUUCCUGUUUCUGAUAAACGAGUUAGCGAUGCUGCUGUCACUAUUCCUUAUUUCUCUCUCUGUGGGACUCAACUCUGCCACCUGGUACUCGGUCACUGUGAAAACCUCCAGUUUGGCGCACAGUGGAACAGACAGUGCUAUUGACCUGAAGAUCCUCGGGGAACGAGGCGCCGUAUCAAGUCAGCUGGAUAACAGCGGACACAAUGAUUUCCAGACAGGUCACACUGACAAAUACUCGCUGCAACUAGGGGAGGUAAUGCUGAUACAGGGACUGGAACUGAGUAUAAGGGGCUCUGACGCAUUCCUCUUUGACUGGGUGAGUGUGAGGUCCCAGACCUUCAGAGAGACCAGGUACUUUUACAACGUGAAGAAGCAGGUACUGUCAGGUGACUUGGAUGAGGGUGUUACCAAGGUGACACUGUCCUUCCAGGGAGACAUGACCUACACUGUGACCACUGUAACUGGUACUGUUGCUAAUGCGGGCAGCAGCAGUAUCGGGCUCAGUAUGAUGCUGGAGGGGGAGAACGGAGAGUUUGCUUACACCAGCUACAUUGACCCGAAAGAGGGGAGUUUUAAAGAAGGAGUAUUUGAUGAGUUUGUGCUGGGAAACAUGCCUGAUAUGGGAACUGUGAAGUGUGUGACGUUGAAGGCUGAUGAGAGUGAUGCGUGGUAUUUUGAUGUCAUUGCUGUGGAAAAGAAGGGUGGGAGACCCGUCCUCUUCGAGAACACAUACCAGACAUUUUUGUCUGCAGAUUCUUCUGAGGGCAUGACCAGCAUGAAACUCUGUGCUUAGGAGAUAAUGUGUAACGCUCUUUGACGGACUUCUUCAUGAUUCGUGAUUUAUUUC